CUUCUCCACAGAAGGCUUGCCAGCGAAUACAAACUACUGUCAUUGACGGCACCAGUGUAUAUUGUACAGUAGUAGCAAUGAUUGGGAAAUGGCAAUCGGGCUGUUUCCACACUCUUGAGCGUACCUGUUAAUAAAGCAAGGCAAGGGUGUGGUGGUAUUUAUUGGUCUAAGCAUGGGACUGGGAAUCAGGAAUACCCUCUAAUUCCAUGUUUGAUGCAGGCUGGCUUUGUAGCCUUAGCUGACUUACUUGGCCCUUAUUGGCAAAAUACCCAUUUUCUUCCCUGUCAUUGAUAUAUCCAGGCAGUAAAUGACCUGUCAUACUAUUAAAUUAAUCAGUAAAACUGAUGCACAUCUUUCCUUCUGUUGAAAGGCAGUAUGAAAUACUCUCUCUAAAGCAUUACUGUGUAGGAAUUGCUGCAUGUGGUAUUGUAUUCAGACGAAUGUUUUUCUGCUUAUGCUUAAACAUGCCAAAUAUGUAUGAAUGCUGAAUACCUUAGGCAGUCUUCUUGUGAUUCUUGCUAUCAACGUGAGUCACUGAAGGAUCAGGAUAAAGCCUAAGAAGAUUUUUUAAAAGUUUUCGGUGGGAUCAGUUCCCCACUGUGACUGAAUUAGAGCCUAAAUGAGUGCCAGUGCCAGCGCAAGGAGGGGAGUGGAAGCGCACAGCUGGAGCUGUGCUGUCCUUUCCCUGGCAAUCCACACUUAGCUCAGCUAAAUCUGAUGCUGAAACCACUACCUGAGAAAACUGUUAUGAAUAUGGGGGCAUUUUACAUUGCUGACUCUUGCCUGUGAGGAAUCUAUCCAACCACUUCUCAUCUUAUUUUGAAAAAAUCUUGUAAAAAUUGUAGCAAGUGAAAUCCGUAGGGGCAGGCAGUAAUGAAUCUAAAUACUUUCGAAACACCAUAGAGAGUCAUUUUGAUGGGACAGAAAUUGCUGCUUGGUUCUGGUAUAAUGCAUCCUUUCAAAAAAAUCAAUUAGAAUAUGUAUAGCAAUGUCAUCAUUUAAAAUUCUGUACAUUUAAUACAGUUGGUGUUCUUCUGGGGGUUCUCCUAAACCACCACCACCACCAAUCCCUCUUUUUUUUUUUUUUUUUUUCCUCCUUCUACCCCCACAACACUUGUCGCACAGCAGGACCUGUGGGACUUCAAGGACAUAGGUUGCCCUUGUUAUCUGACACAAGAGCCGCUGUAGAAGGAUUGUCACUGUCGGUGCUUGGACCCCAGGGAGCCCUUUGAGAGGAAGGGUGCUGGUGCGUGACCGAUGUGGGAGCACCAGCACCACUAGGAAGCUGAGAGCGAGAAUUGCUGAAGCUAAUGGUUGAAAAAAGAAGCAUGCCUGGAGGAGUCCUUGGCAGCAUAAAAAUGAAGGAAAAUUGAUGCUUUAUAGAUACUAGAAUUGUUUGUAUUUGAAGCUCUCUGGGUGAAAAGAAGUGUCAGCCUCCUGAAGCCCAAAAUGUAAGUUACUGUAUGCACAGAGAUGAUUACAUUUUGUUAUUUUAAACCACCUUUAGUGCAUGAUACUUUAUUAGCUGAAAUAGAAGUCCCUUUAAAAGAAAUAGCCUCUAAAAUGCAUAUGAAGAUAUUUACUUCAGAGAUUAAAAAAAAAUAUAUGUCAAACCUUAUAUGAGUGCUUAAAUCCUUCAAUAUGGAAUUUGAAAUGCAUAUGCAUUAUACUGCCUUCCACCAGGACGGCCCCAGACCAGCAAUGAUAGGUAACUAGCUUGGUUGCUUUCAUUGAUGAGAAUGAGUAAGGAGCAGAUCCAUUCAUUUAGGUUUUGUAAUGCUAUCUGUUAAAGCUAAAUUCUUGCUAAACUAGCAGAGCUAAUGGUUUGCUUGUCUGUUCUUUAACUAUGAGUUUACUUUUGGUUUUAACCUCAUAGUGGGUGUGUAGUUCCUAGCACACAGACACAGAAGGACCUGACAUACCAAGUAUCAUUACAUACUCAGGAAUUAUUAAAAGUCUUAACAUUUACACCUGUGUGUGGAGUUGCUAAAGUGGUACCAAGUGAAUCAGGCUUAGGCUAACCAGUACCCUGCUGCAGAGUGUAGUGGCCCUGAGAGUGAACCCCAAUUCUAAAAUCUGCAUUCAAACUUAUAUAUUUAACUUUGUGCUUUUAUUAAAGUGAUUACUUCCUUUGUACAAGUAUACUUGGAAACAUAAUAUGUGUUCCUUAUUACCUGGAUCAGAUUUUGGAAGACAAAAUUAACUAUAUUUGAAAACACACACAGUAUGUAAACUGAAUAAGACAAUUUUAGUGCCCUGCCUGAGAUUCCCUGCAUUCCCCUAAUGCUUUCCUCUCCAGCCUCCAUACUUAGAAACAAAUAGAGAGCAAAACCUGGGUGAGUGGUUAAUUCCUUCAAGAUGACAUGGACUUGGAAUCCAACUAAAUAAUAUUCUUGCUUUUAUAUUUGAUUUUGGUUUGGAUUAUUUAAGGAUAUUUAUCCUUCUCUCUUGGAAUAAUUUUGCUUUUGGAAUAAUUUCAGACAACAAACAGUCUACUUUUAACUUACUAUGACCCACUCUGGCUCCCAGAAUAAUUUCUCUUACCAAUUUAUUUCUCAAUCAUUGGCUAUGCUUUGCUGUUUUUUAACUCCUUUUGUGCCCCUCACAUUAGGAAUUGCUGCUGAGAUGUUUUUCUUGAAGACCUUUUAUUUCUGAUUUACUGUGUUUCUCUGAGUAAAGAAAUUGCUCUCAUUGCUGUAAAGUAGUGGGAAGCUGCUAAUGCUUUUUGAGAGCAGAACCACACGCAGGAGGCUCAUAUAAUUUACUUUGUAAUUGAAUGGUACGUUUCUCAGCAUCCAGAUUUUUAGCUGUUGGGAUUUCUUUUUUAAGAUGAUAUAUCCUUCACAGGUUGCGAUGUACUCCCAUUAAAGACAACUGGGGUGUAUUUCCCUAGCUCAUAAUAAUAAAUUGCUUGAGCAGACUCGCCAGCAAAUCGCCCUUCCAGCUCUGCGUAAUCCUCCGGGAACCUUGUGCAAACUUCUCCCAGGCUGUAACAGAAACUUGGCACCUUGCGUCUGGCUGUCCUCAAGUUGGGCUGGUGCCUCUCGGAGCUGCACCCCCCGACGUUGCUGUGAGCUUGUUUUUGUCUUUGGACUGAUUGGAUCUUUCUUCUUGGGGCCAGGUUCUGCCAGCUUUAUUCAGGCUGAGUAGUCCCACUGCGCUCAGUGAAACUAUUCAUGGAGUGAGGUGAGUUUGAGGAACUGUUCAAUGGGAGCUGGGCUGGCACCGUCUGGUCCUUGGAAGCAGGGAGAGGAAAGUCUUUUCCUCCUUUUGUGAAAAGCAGAAAGCAUGUGUAACUGGGAGGGACGGCGAACAGGAAUGUGUCAAGCAGAAGUAGACAUGGGAAGGAAGUGAAUCUUUAAUUCAAUAUCAUGGAACAGCAGCUAGCUGGAGCUAAAAAAUACUUCAGGGAUUUAACGUGAGAUCUAGAUUUUAUUUUAGAGUUCAUAUUGCGAUUUCAUUGCAAUGACAAAAAUGAAUCAACUGAAUAAUUGAACCGAAGUUGAUGGUUAUUCAGUUUUUCUUGGUGGUUUGAUGGAUGAACUGAUAGCGAAGUUUAAAAAUCUCUCUCCUUUUAGCAAAAAAAUAAAAGGUCACUGUUCAGCUCCAGAGUGCAUGCUUCAGAAGGACUGGAUAUACAGUGCCUUAACUAUUGCUGCUGGAGAUGAAGGUGAAAGUGGACAUUGGCACUGGAGUGAGCAUCAAUACACUGUACACAAUGUGAGAAUAUAAAGGAAUACACAAGCGCUUCCCCGUAUCUUCCUCCUCCUGUUUUUUGAAAUUUGGGGAACAGUGUAUUCCAUUGAAAUAAUGAGUAUUGCUGCACAGAUUACAAAAGUUGAAGUCUGAAAACAGGGACACAGACAAGGAGACUGAGAAAUGAAUGGACAAAGCCAUGUGCCGGCGCCCGCGAUGACCCUGGUGCUGCCCAUGCAGCGGCUGGGCCGCCCCAUCGCCGCCGACGGAGCCGCCGACCUCGCCGCCUACCGCGCCCUCUGGGAGCCGCCCUGCUGCGGCCGCCCCGGCCCCGGCCCCGGCCCCGGCCCCGGCCCCGCCGCCGCCGCCGCCGCCGCCGCCGCCCCCCCGCCGGCCCCCGGGCCCCCCGCCGCAGGAUCACAUUACAGGGGAAUUUCAAAUCCUGUAACAACAUCCAAGAUCACAUACUUUAAAAGGAAAUAUGUGGAAGAGGAGGAUUUUCAUCCACCGCUCAGCAGCUGUACACAUAAAACAAUCUCUGUGUUUGAGGAGCGGGCCCAUAUUCUUUACAUGUCUUUGGAAAAGCUGAAAUUCAUUGAUGAUCCUGAAGUCUACCUGCGGAGAUCUGUCCUCAUCAACAAUCUAAUGAAAAGAAUCCAUGGAGAAAUCAUCAUGCAGAACAACUGGUGCUUCUCCGCCUGCUCCUUCAGUGGCACCUCACCACAAGAGUGGUUUGUGCCUCAGGACUGUCCAUAUAGAAAACGCCUUCGGAUGGCAAAGGAGGAGUACGAGAAGCUCCACACGUGCUGCUUCUAUCAAGAGUGUGGCAGUCACUAUUUAAAUCUACCCUACUCUGUUACUGCUAGUACAGAAAAUACUUCCUCCUCCUCCUCCUCCUCCCCCAUUUCUUUGCCAAGCUGUUCCCAGCAGGGGGAUUAUGACAUUGGCAGUGCCCCGUCUUACAGGAGUGAUGACCAGAUACCUGCUAAUGAAAUAUUCAUCACUAAUGCCAGGUCUCACAGUAAUCAGGAAAAGGCAAAAUUUAAUGACGAGAAAGGAGGUAAUGAACCUGAGCGAGAGAGCGUCGCCCUAAACUGUGAACCUGUAAGAGGCACCCAUCCUCUUGAAUGUAAAGGCAAGUUUUAUGACUAUUUUGAGACUGGAUGUAAUGACAAGAGCAACGUAAGUGAAUCUUGGAAAAAAUCCUUAAGGAAGAAGGAAUCUUUACCAAGUAAUAAAAUGUGCUGCAGCAAAGGAAGUAAAAUAUGAGGCAUCUUUCUUGCUCCGUUGAAGCAUGCGCAGCAUGUUUGUUUGUCUAUCAAAUUUUUAUUUUGAAUGGAUUUUUUAUAGUUUUCUACAAAUGAUACAAUCAUGCCACAAACAUUACGUGUAGUUUUAAAUGACUGGAGUGCAGAUUGCGUAAAGCGUCUCUAUGAUCUGCAUCAGUGGGCUAUUUAUAAAUAUGGAGACUUCAUAAAGAACGCAGUUGCGUUACUGCUUAGCACUAUAGUCUCUACAGCUAUGGUGUGGCUUUCGUUACUGAAAAUACCAAUCAGCCAGAUGGGGAAAACAUAUCGGUUUAUAUAUCCCCACCCCCAAGAAGUCUGCCAUUAAUUAAGAAGAACCUCCAUUAUGUUUACCAAGGAAUUAGAAGUCUGGUAAACAAAUUUUUGCUACCAGCAAGGGUGAUGUGCUCCUUGUAACUCAGUAUUUGUUCUGACAAAGGACUGUCUUCAUGGACUGGGAAUAAACCAUCCUUACAUUUCGUACUGAUACUCUUGAAUUCCUGGAUUCAGCGUCUUGUUCAACUGACAAAAUAGGACAUAGCAUAAAGAAAUAACCUGUUUAUGGGAUCUUAAUCAGAAACACAACAUGCAGCUCAAGUACUUGCAUGUUUUCACCUCGGCUGUAAUAACUAAUGAGGCUUGUUGUUAUACAGGGCAGGUUUUUUUUUGGUGCCUUACUUUUUGUCUUAAUUUUUGCCAGCGUGAAAAUUAAGUAUAAAUCAGUGAUACAGCAGGGAUUUAACCUAAACAGAGAAAAAAAAAACCACCCACAGGGUGGAUCAAAUUAUUAGAAACCUUUAACCUUUGAAGUACUGAGUUCAACUUCCUAUUCAAACAUCUCUGUUCUUCCUUUUUGAUGCUCAAUUGCUUUUUGAUUUGCCAUCCUUAGGAAGGGAUUUAAGAAACAAUAGAGAGAUGUCUCUUGUAAACAAGCAUUCGAUGCUUGAGUGUUUCUAUGGCAACUGUCUGUUGCUGGGGCUCUUUUUUUUCCUUCUUCGUAUAAUGAAGUUCAUGAACCAGUGGCAUGUUUUAUACUUUAUUCUGUUUCGCAUAAUUUUUCUCUUUUAGAUUGCAAAAGCAUGCGGGAGUUUUCUAUGACUUUUGCUGUUGAUUUAAAAAAGACAAGAAAAGAAAGCAAAAAGCACAAUGUUAAUCAAUAAUGUGGCGAUAAACAUGAUUUUAUCUGAAUGAAUGUAAGGAGUUUAAUUUUAAAAAAGAACAUUUUGGAGAAAUGAGCUGAGAUUUCAGUGGCUAAGGACAACAUUUAGUCAUCCCUAGGUAGACUGUUUGCAAAAGUGUUCUGUUUAAAAUGCCGAGAAGACAUUAGUCAGGGUUGGCCUAAGAGUAUUGUGAGUCUUAGAUCCACCAAAUUAAUUAGUUCCCACAGUCCCCAUAACAACUGGCAGGGUGUGCUCGGCAAAAUAGCCACCUCCAAGCCAUGGCUGACUCAUAAUAGCUGCCUGUUCCCACAGCAUCAAGCGCUCAAGCGCCAUCUUCUCCGCUUGGUUCUUGUCCAAAGGGUGAAAUUCACCCCUGUGCUGAGGGAGCGGCCAGCUCGGCGCAGGGCACGAGGGUCCCCGGCAGCACACCGCCCCGGGCUGCCCCCGGUUUGGUGCUGGAGUCAGCCGGGUCUCUGGGUCAAAGAACUCCUGCUCUGCGUUUCAUGGGUUCAGCCUGAGUCCUCCUGGGCCACGGUUAUUUUGGGUAGUGUGCACACCCCACAGUCAUGUUUGCGAUCUGGACCGUUUUUGUGACUAAGCCGAGUGGUCACGGGAAAAAGCUCCCCCCCAGCCAAAAGAGAAUAGGAUGUAAAUCAAUGAUAACCUUUACGCAGUCAGGUGAGUUGGAACUGAUAAGUUUGGAAGGGUUAUCAUUGUGAAGAACAACAAAUAAAGAAAGUAUAAGUCCCACCUGAUUUCUCCAAGACAGAAGCUUUUUUUAUUAAUAAUAAUAAUAUUAAAUAUAGAUCUCAUUCAUACAGUGUAUGAGUAGGAUCAUCAUUUAGACAUUUGUCCACAAGGACCAAUUUUUUUAAAAAACUGAUUUUUCUUGUGUUAUACCCAGAUAGUCUAGUAAUGUCUGCUCUUUUCCAAUAUUUGAUAAACACUUGAUGUUUUAAGCUUAAAUAUUAGAUGCUUGUAUACUAAUGUGUUGUUGUAGUAAAGUGAAAUUUCCUUGA